AUGUCCCAGUCACUUAUCAUUUUUGAGCCCUCGGGAAAAGUGCUCUACCAAGUCAACAACAAGAUCUCCCCCUUCAAUGAUCUCAUCUAUAGCAUUGUCAACGAGAGCCAUACAGAGCUCAACCCGGGCUUCUACACCACUCUGGCCAACCAGAAGCGAUUUUACGCCUUGAAGAAGGGCAAUUUGUACGCUGCAUUGUAUUUCGACGUGGUGACCACGUUGGAUAAUGCAAAGGUCAAGCUGUGCUUGCUGGGAGUGUUGAGAACGUAUGCAACUGUGACCGAGGAAGGAACAGAAGAGAAGUUGCCGAAGCUUGUGGAGUACCAAUUUAAUCAGUUGAUGAAGCUCAAAACGGGAACCCCAGUGGCAACUACGCCAGACAGAGCAACAAAGAGCUCCGACAGCAAAGUGGAGAAGACCGUCAAGAAGAAGGGCAAAGUGAUGAGGAAAUGGGUCAAUGGCGAAAUGGUGGAGGUUUCAGCAGACGACGGCGCUUUGGACUACUCUGAAGGAAAAAUCGAUUCUGCUGAUGCUCUUGCGGAGGAGAAGCUUGUGGUUGACAAUUCGAAUUUCCAGCGCUCGGAUGACCUCGUGCUUGUGAGUGAGCUUCAGGACAUUUUGGGCGACCUGGACAGCGAAGACGAGGAUAAGCCUGCGCCCAAGACGUUGACAAGCACAUUUUUUGGUAAGAUCUCGUCGUACUUUGGUGGCGCUGCCGAUAUCGACGAUGUGUCGAAGAAAUUCUACGACCAGCUCAUAUCGAAGAACAUAGCUCCUCCUACUGCCACCACCAUUAUAGACAAGAUUAAGACAACCAUUGGAAAAAGACAGGUUACUGCGGCAGAGUUCAAGCUGGUGCUCACUGAGGAGCUCACGAAAACGCUUACGCCCAAUGUGUCUACGGAUUUGCUUUACGAUAUCAAGCGCAACAGCUCAAGCAAAAGCAGACCAUACGUGAUCUCUGUGGUUGGCGUGAAUGGUGUGGGCAAGUCCACCAAUUUGGCGAAAUUGGCAUACUGGUUCUUGCAAAACAACAUGAAUGUGUUGAUUUGUGCUUGUGACACCUUCAGAUCAGGUGCAGUGGAACAGUUGAAAGUGCAUGUGAACAACUUGCAGAGACUCAAUUCGGCGUCUGCUACAUCCUCCAAGAUAGAUCUUUUUGAGAAGGGAUACGGUGGAGGAGACCAUGUGGUGAACACCGCCAAGCUGGCCAUUGCCUAUGCCCAAGAGCAAGGUUACGAUAUCGUGCUAAUUGACACAGCUGGCAGAACCCAUUCAAACGCCAAGCUCAUGGCACCACUCAAAAAGUUUGGUGAUGCUGCCAAUCCAAAUAAGAUCAUCAUGGUGGGCGAAGCGCUCGUGGGUACUGAUUCGGUAGAGCAGGCCGUCAACUUCAACAACGCAUUUGGUAACCGCCGCAACCUUGAUUUCUUCAUCAUCUCCAAAGUCGAUACCGUCGGUGACUUGGUGGGUUCGAUGAUCAACAUGGUGAUGGCCACUCGUGUGCCCAUAUUGUUUGUGGGAACUGGUCAAACAUACACAGAUAUCAAGAAGCUCAGCGUCAAGAGCGUGGUGGAGAUGCUCACCAGGUAA